AUGGUAAACAAUGUUGAGGAUAUUUCUCUUUGGAGAACUCUUGUUUUGGCAUUUCAGAUACUUGGUGUAGUAUAUAGUGAUAUGGGCACAAGCCCUUUAUACGUCUUCUUUGAUGUAUUCAGUAAGGUACCCAUAACGUUAGAGGUCAAUGUCUUGUAUGCAAAUGUUAAUCUUCUUCCAAAUAGUCAACAGGCAGAUGAAUAUAUAUCGAGUUUCAAGUUCAAACUUUCGACUCCAGAACUUGAAAGGGCUUUGAGUAUAAAAGAUGCAUUGGAACAUAAGUCUUCUUUGAAAACCCUUCUUUUACUUUUGGUUCUUAGGGGGACAUCUAUGAUUAUAGGGGACGGUAUUUUGACGCUGACUAUUUCUGUAAUGUUUGUUGUGAGCGGUCUUCAGGGUCGGAUACUAGGAUCUGGUACAGAUGCUAUCAUUAUAAUUCCAAUUGUUAUUCUUGUGGGACUAUUUAGCAUACAUGGGUUUGGGACGAGUAAAGUGGGCUUCACAUUUGCUCUUGCCCUUGCUUUAUGGUUCUUUAGUCUUGAAUUUAUUGGAAUUUACAAUCUUUUCAAGCCUAAUGUAACUGUUGUGAUGGCAACUAACUCUGUUUACUUCUAUCUAUUCUUCAAGAAGAAUAGCAUCAAGGGAUGGUUGGCGCUUAGUGGUUGCGUAUUAUGCAUCACAGAAGUAAUGUUUGCUGACCUAGGUCAUUUGUCUGUGCCAUCAAUACAGAUUGCCUUCACUAUUGUGGUUUUUCCCUGCUUUCUCUUAGCUAACAUGAGACAAGCUGCUUAUCUCACAAAAUAUCUAGAUUCAACGGAUAAAAUAUUUUACAAUUCUGUUCUAGUUCAUCUUUUCUGGCUAGUGUUUGUGAUAGCCACAAUUGCUACUAUCAUCGCUAGUUUGGCGUUGAUAUAUGCUUUAUUUUCGUGCGUCAAGCAAGCUAUGGCGCUCGGGUGCUUCUCGAGGCUAAAAAUAGUUCACACUUCAAGAAGACGGAUGAGUCAAAUUUACAUUACUGUCAUCAAUUGGUUUUUGAUGAUCAUGUGCAUUAUUGUGGUUGCAGCCUUUAGGAGUACCACAUAUAUAGCAAAUGUAUACGACUAG